AUGUCGAAGGCUAUCGCGGCUCAUGAUGUCGCCGCCACAGAUGUCGCAAAGGUGUCUGAGAUCGCCCACCUGAUUGCACAAGAUACAGUUCCAUGGUACAGGAAGAAGAACCUCCGAAGACUCUAUUUGUGCCUUGUGCCUGCGGCGCUCGGUGUUGAGAUGACUUCAGGCUACGAUGGUAGCGUUCUCAACGGCCUCCAAGCCGUCCAACCCUGGCAAGACUUCUUCGGCAGUCCCAACGGUGCUCUUCUUGGUGUCAUGACGGCAGCCUUUUCCAUUGGCGCGGCGUGUGCAGUCCCACUGGUGCCGUAUGUCAACGACCGAUUCGGUCGCAGGAUUUGCAUCAUCGUCGGCAGUGUGAUCAUCUCGAUUGGAGCAAUCUUGCAAACUGCAGCAGUCAACAUCGCCAUGUUCAUUAUUGCGAGAAUCAUUCUCGGAAUGGGCAUUGUGUACGCAAUCAGCGGAGCAUCCCAGCUGAUUGCCGAACUGGCAUAUCCCAAAGAACGAUCUGUCAUUGUCGGCCUCUUCAACGAAAGUUGGUAUGCAGGUGCAAUCCUGGCUGCGGGUAUCACUCUGGGGACGUUCUCCUGGGACAGCAAUUGGUCGUGGCGCUUGCCCUCACUCCUACAGCUCUUGCCUUCGACGUUACAGCUCACCUUCAUCUGGUUCAUUCCCGAGUCCCCCCGUUUCUUGGUAUCGAGGGAUCGCCAUGAGGAGGCGCUGGAGAUCCUGAUCAAGUACCACGCUGAAGGUGAUCGGUCGGAUGCAUUCGUCGCGGCGGAAUACCAGCAGAUCCGCGAGACCAUCCGCAUGGAGAUCGAGGGAACCAAAACUCCGUGGAAGGAGCUCGUCACUACUUCCGUCAACCGACGACGUGUUUUCAUCGCGGCCUGCGUGGGCUUGUUCUCCCAAUGGUCUGGAAAUGGCCUUGUCAGCUACUAUCUCAGCCGAGUUCUGGCGACCGUCGGCAUCACCGCGAAGCGAACUCAGAACGAGAUCAACCUCGGUCUGUCGUGCUGGAACCUUCUGACGGGUGUCACGGGCGCACUCCUUGCUCACAUCCUCCCGCGACGACGCCAGUAUCUCGCGUCCUACGUCGGCAUGACGGUCAUGUUCGCGUGCUGGACGGCAGCCUCAGCCACCUAUUCGAAGGACCAUACCAACCACUCGGCCGCAAUUGCGGUUGUCGCAUUGAUCUUCAUCUAUUACGGUUUCUAUAAUCUCAUGAUGCCGCUGACAUACAUCUUCAUCACCGAGGUCUUCCCCUUCAUCCACCGAAGCAAGGGCGUGGCCAUCACGCAAUUCUUCUCUCGUGGCGGCAGCUCAUUCAACCAAUUCGUCAACCCGAUCGGCCUCGACGACAUCGAGUGGAAGUAUUACCUCGUGUAUGUGGUAUGGCUCGCGAUCGAGACAACAACAAUCUUCUUCGUCUACCCGGAGACGAAAGGACCCAGUUUGGAGGAGGUUGCUGUUGUCAUGGAGGGCGACAAGGCCAAGGUGGAGGUGAUCGAGGUCGGAGCCUCCUCAGGGAAAGGCGGGCUCGGCGUGCAUGAGGUUGAAAAGGCUUGA